AAAGUACUUGCUAUAACAUAAUAAUUUACUCAAUACUGGUUGUUUUACUUGACAUGUAUAUAUUUCUUUUAUAACAUCGCUUACUUCAUGUACCAAUCUGUUUAUACGCAGUGUUGCGAUCAAAUAUUAAUAUACAUAAUAUUUAUGAUUAUAAAUGUCAAAUUAAAUUUAUAUAUAAUAGAAUUGCUAUUUAAUAAAAGCAUAAAAGCUAGAUGUAUGACAAUUAGUUAUAUUUACUUACUUAAAUGUUAAAAUUUAUAAAAGUACCACUGCAUUAGACGGCCCUGAAACCCUGUUAGAGUGGUUAACAAGUGGCUGUUCUAUUCUCAAUCGCUCCGCGGGACACAAAUCAUUCAAUGAAUAGAGAUUCUUCAAACAUGUGUUUAAAUACGAUUUGAUUAGAACAGAAAUGUCUUCUUUAUUCUUGUAUUUCUCUUAAAUUUAAGGGAUAUGGAUCCAGAAAACACAAGGAAAGAAACAAUUGUAAAGGUAACGGAUUGGUUACGUGGAAUUUGGGAGAUGAGACGUCAAACUGGACCUGUUCAACAAUGGAUAGAUUCAAUACCAUCACCUAUAAAGUCUAAUUUUUCAAUGAAAAAUGAUAAUCAAGGAGAAUCAAGCAGUAAGAAACCUAAUAUUUCAUUGGCACUAACAGAGCCUAAGGACAUUCCAUAUUCUAUGAGAACAAAACAAUUAACUAUGACAGUGUCUGCACCUAUUAAUGUUCCUAAUACAACAUCAAAUAAUACAACAGGAUUACAUAGCUCAUUGCCUCAUAAAUUGGUUCGGGAUCCAAGCCUACAAUCUGAUAGUAGUCAUUGUAGUAGUGUAGAAAGCUUGUUAGAGCUAAGAAAAGCAGAUCCAGAAGCAAUUUUGCUAGGUCUUGGAUUUGGUGGUUGCUCGAGCAGUCCACAAGAAAAUGGUUCCUUUUCUCGUAUACCGAAAAGAUUUCUUCAGCCAUCGAAAUUAAAAGGCAUAGCUAUUAAUGAUUUUAUGAAGCAACAACAGGAAACUAGUGAAUCCUUUGAUUCUGUAUCUCUCGGAUAUAGAGGUUUGACAGGCUCACCGUAUGUAGCGCCAUCGGAAAUUGUGCAAAAGAUUAUGCAGCGUUUACGAGAGCAUGAGAGUCAUGAACACGAUCCAUAUGCAAUGUAUAAUUCGUAUGAACAAUACAGUCCUCUACAUUGUGGUGGUACACUUUCUGUGUUGUCUCCUGAUAGCAGACAAUUUUUGGAACGACCACGUUCAAAAAGUCCCGACAUGCGUAAUAAACGUAUGAUUAUUGGACAAAAGUCAUUUGCAUUUGGUCAUGAUGGUGAUCUAAUCGAAAUUGAUCCUUCUAACGAAAAAAGGUCGUUCGAAAGUAUUCCAAGCAAUGAUUCUAACGCCGUAGAACAUUCAGAAGUAUCUAAUGAUUUAGCUGAUAAUAAUAAUGAAGUAUAUCAGCAAACACCUAUCCAGAAAAAAAUAUUACCAAAACGAUUAUUUUUUAACGACAGUACGGAACUUAAUGACACCGAUGUUUCUUUAUCAGUAAAAGUUUUUGAAGAAAGCGAGGACCAGCAAAAUGAAAAUUUGAAUAAAAAUACUGACUACAAAGAUGAUAUUUUUCCAAACACAGUUUCAGAAAAUGUAUCUGAUAUUCGAAGGGCCAGUGAUGGAUUUUAUGAUAUGAAAGACGGAAAAAUAUCAAUGGUAAAUAAACGAAGACACAGCGAUGGCUUUGUGCAAACUACUGAGCAUGUUGACGAUACUGUACUUGCUCGAAGGAGAAAAACUUUGAAGCGACAGUCUAGAAUAAGCGAUACAGAUGCGGUAAACUAUUGCAAUGUAAAUCUCAGCCAGUCUGAUACGGCGCAAUGCAUGGGAAUGAAAUGUAACACGAAUAAAAAUGUACAUGAAAUUUGUAACCAAGAAAGCGUUUCCACGAAAUUUCCAAGAUUAAAAAAUGAAACUAAAAAUUAUGACGUAAAUGAAUGUGCAGAGAAGUUACUUGAAGGAAUGUAUAAAUCAGCAGAAGAUAGUUUAAGUAAAAAUAAACGGGGAAAUAAGAAUGAAUACUAUGUUGAGGAAACCAAGCUUGUAGAACAAGUGUGUACAGAUAAAGGCGAAAAAACAACCUGUUGCUGUCAUUCUGGUACUAAAAAAUAUUGGAAGAAAAUGGAGAAAAUUAUUCAAGAAAAUAAAAAUUUGGAAACUAUGGUAACAAAGAGCAGGAGAGAAAUGGCAGAAAUUCGAGAAAUGUUAAAUAAUGUGUUAUCUGUACGAUUAGAACCUGGUUUUUGACCUAAAUUGAUUUAUGGGUUUAUGAAAACAUGUUGUUUUCAUAUUCAUUAUGAUGUUAGGAUAUCUAAAACUUUUGAAGCAAUUUCAAUUGUAUAUUUUCAAAAGUAUUUUGCUCAUCACUUAAAGUGAUUCAUGAAAUUAUUUCAGGUGAUAAAUAUUAUAAUAGAUAUCAAUGCAACAAGAAUGCAUUUUUGCUUAUAGUAAUUAUAUUUUAUUCUGUUUUUAGUUUCAAAUAAAGAUGUAAAUAUUGUUAUAUAA